GCCCGAACCACACGAGCUGCGGUUGGUAGCGCCUGCUCCGCGACGAUGGUUUCGACAAUGCUCGGGGCGCUUCCAAUAUUACUGUUAGCCUUGGUACUGAUACAGCCCUUCCCUGCUGCUCAUGCUGUUCUGCGGAACGAUACUUAUAGGGCAACGUCGGGUUAUGGACUAUCGCCAUUCUAUAUGAAUACGGCUGAGAAAUGCCCACCGUGCUUCAAUUGCAUGUUACCGGCUUUCACGUGCGGACAGUACGGGCAAUGUGACGAAUAUAACGGGCAAUGCCAAUGCCCACCGGGAUGGGGAGGUAUAGACUGCUUGACACCGCAGUGUGACUCGCUUGCUGAUGGUGAACAGCGAAGACUCCGCGAGGAUGGUAAGGAGUGCGAAUGCAAGGAUGGAUGGGGAGGGAUCAACUGUAAUGUUUGCCAAACCGACGAUGCAUGCAUUGGGUUCCCUCUGUACGGCCAGCCGACGUCAUUAGAAGAGGGUACAUCGAACAUGACAUGUUACAAGGGUGGAAUGACUGUCUUCAAUAAUCAUCAAAUGUGCAAUGUCACCAACCGCAAGAUUCUCGAUAUGCUACCAGACCGACCGCCACAGGUUACGUUUGCUUGCGACAGACCAUCUGCUACUUGUGACUUCCAGUUCUGGACAGCCCAGGUCGAGUCAUUCUACUGCUCCCUGGACAGUUGUACAUCCAAGAUAGAUGCGGGGUAUGAUGCCAAUGUCACGUCCUACUCCUGCGAGCACAUCAAGUGCAGCUGCGUGCCAGGGAGAUUCAUCUGUGGGGAAGAUGGGAGCGUUGACAUUGGCGAGUUCCUGACAGAGGAGAUACGUGGUCCAGCGACAUUCUCCUGCACUACCGGACGUGGUUGCAAGUUCGAGGAGCCAGCUAUGAAUCAGCUGAUCAACGAUAUUUUCGGGGAUGGCUAUAUCUCUCUAGAAUGUGAGGGGGGAGAGUGCUUGCAUUACUCGCAGGUUCCAGGUUACGUGCGGCCGCCCAAGCCUGACAAUACCCGAUGGGUGGCUCUGAGUGCGGCAGGCGCCGGUCUCAUAGUUAUUACCUCAGUCGCUAUUCUGUGGUACGUCGGUCGUGCGAGAACAGGCGGCGACUUUGGGAAGAUCCGUCUUCCUGAGGAUGAACAGGCCAAGCUUAUGGCAGACCACGUCCCGGCCUCUCUUCACUUCUCCAACAUUACGUAUACUUUGGGUGACCGGACGAUCCUCCAUAAUAUUAUCGGAUGUGUCAAACCGGGACAGGUCAUGGCUAUCAUGGGCGCCUCUGGAGCAGGUAAGUCCACGUUUCUGGACAUCCUGGCUCGGAAGAACAAGCGGGGAGAUGUCCGUGGAACGACGCUGGUCAAUGGACGCGAAGUGGACGACGCGGAGUUCAAAAAAGUCGUGGGAUAUGUUGAUCAGGAGGACUGUUUGAUGCCGACUUUGACCGUUUAUGAGACCGUGCUGUACUCCGCGCUGCUGAGGCUGCCCAGGGAGAUGAGUCUUGCAGCGAAGAAGUUCAGGACCCUGGAGACUAUGAAUGAGCUGGGGAUCAUGGGCAUCAAGGAUAUGAGGAUCGGCGAUUCAGGCCAUCGAUCUAUUUCAGGGGGAGAAAAACGCCGCGUGUCCAUCGCUUGCGAGCUCGUAACUAGUCCGUCUAUUCUUUUCCUCGACGAACCGACGAGUGGCCUUGACGCCUAUAACGCGUUCAACGUUGUCGACAGUCUCGUAUCUUUGGCACGUGACUACAACCGCACUGUUGUCUUCACCAUUCAUCAGCCUCGAAGUAACAUCGUAGCGUUAUUUGAUCAUCUUCUGUUGCUUGCGCAGGGUCGGACAGUAUACUCAGGAGAGUAUGGUAGAUGCCAAGAAUAUUUCGAGUCCAUUGGGCAUCCAUGUCCUCCCGGAUUUAACAUCGCUGAUUUCCUGAUCGACCUGACUAUGCAGGCGACUAUUGAACCCCGGAGUUACGAUAGCCCCCCUGCUGAAGCAGCAUCUUCGAGUGAGGAUGCUCAUAUCAGAGACGAAGAGCGCGGUUUACGUCGUCCCGCCUUGUCGUUGUCGCUGAAAUCAUCAAACGGCGGCCAGUCUUCUACUCUCGCGGAAGAUGAGAUUGAGCUACAUCGUCCGAAUACGGCCGCGAGCAUCACCUCCUCCAUCAAGAAACGCACUUCUCAGCUUCUUGAUUCGGUUUCUUUCUCGUCUCAAAGGGGAGAUGCUCCGGUAUCUGCUCGGAUCAAGGAACUCGUUGAUGCAUAUGCGUCGAGUGAUGUUGCUGUGUCUAUUCGGACGGAAAUUGAGGAAGUGUCGGGAGCGCAGACAUCAGGAGCCAAUGGCGAACUGCCCGAUGUUGCAUUGGAGAGCUCCCUCCUCAGAGGUCGGCGUAGAGCUAGCUGGGCAACUCAGUUCAGGAUCCUCAGUGGACGAGCAUUCAAAAACUUGUACCGCGAUCCUGCGCUGUUGGCAACGCAUUAUCUGUCUUCCGUUGGUCUGGCACUCUUCUGUGGGUUCUUCUUCCACAACGUUACGAACGACAUCGCAGGUUUCCAGAACAGACUAGGUGUUUUCUUCUUCACGCUAGCUCUCUUCGGAUUCUCUUGCCUGUCAAGCCUGAGUCUGUUUUCUAACGAACGACUACUUUUUAUGCGGGAGAGAGCCAACGGAUACUAUAGCUCUUUCACUUAUUUCGCGUCCAAGGUCCUGUUCGAGAUCAUUCCUUUGAGAGUGGUCCCGCCUCUGCUCUUUGGCGGCAUUGUAUAUGGCCUCGUUGGCUUAGUUCCCAGUGUCGUGGCCUUCUGGAAGUUCAUGCUCACUUUGGUCUUGUUCAACCUGACAACGGCUACCGUUAUCUUACUGCUAUCUGUGGCUUUUGAGAACAUGGGUGUCGCCAGUUUGGUUGGAACGCUGGUCAUGUUAUUUAAUCUGCUGUUCACCGGUCUGCUCAUCAACCGCGACAGCGUACCGAAGGGGCUUCAGUGGCUACAUACCAUCUCAUUCUUCCACGCCGCGUUUGAAGCUUUAGCAGUCAACGAGCUUCGUUACUUACAGUUGAAGGAAUAUAAGUAUGGAGUGGAAUUGGACGUCCCCGCUGCUACAAUUCUUUCGAUCUUCGGGUUACGAGCUCAGUCUUUCUGGUGGCCUAACAUUUCCCUGCUAGGGAUUUUUAUCGGCGUGUUCACUAUAACCAGCUAUGCUGUCCUGCAUCUCUACGUGAAAGAAAGGCGGUAAGCACCCGAUCAUCGUCGUCCUGGUUGCUAUGUCUACUUCUCGGGACUUUCAUGUAUCCAUACUGUAUAGUAGAAAUAAAAUGUCUCCUCGCACAUACUACUUACAGGUAUGGCGGAUG